AUUCAGUUGUACUAGCACACAUCCAGGCAGCCGCGAUUGUCGACAUCGAGCCUCAUCGAAUCUUCUACACCACGCUUGGGUCACAAUUUCCAUAGCUUUAGCACGAUUAAGAUCUACUAUACAAUUUUCCUUGCUACAGCUGGCAUUAAAUACACGCUGAAGAGACUCAUCUCUCAGCAUCGCUGGCAACAAGAAAAGCACUUCCUAUCAUGAGCUAUAAUUAGCCUGCUUUCCACAACGAUAGAUGUCUUGGAAAUUUUGUCCAUCGUUCGACAAUUCGCUACUCAUUUGUAACGCCAUCUUUGGCACUCGGACUACUCUUUCUGGAUUCUGGCAUCAUGGCGGAAAAUAUUGCCAGAGAAAUUGACAGUCUGAAUCUUGGACAUGACCAUACUCCAGACAAAACGCCCACUCCACGAGCCGAACUGGAAGCUACUAUCCAAGGUCUGGUAGAACGCGGAAAGCACUUGCACGAUGAAGUGGAGACAUAUGUGGCGGCGGUUCUCGAGAAACAAAAAGUUGGCAAAGUCCACAAUCCAGUAGAAUAUCGUAAUCUUCGCAAUGACAUGCGCAACGAGCUAGCCUUUCUAAAAAAGCUAGUAGGCUCAGAUAUGGACGAGGAGAAAGCUAGACACUACAUUGUUUCGUCAAAUCUUCUCUACUAUGAAGCACUAUGGAGCGCAGCAAAGCGCUCACAUGGACUCCAGAGCUUCAGAAAGUACUUCUUCUGGCACCGGCACAAAGCACCAGCAGGCAAGCACACGACAAAAGGUCUGAGCCUAUCCAAGGGAAGCCAAGCCAAGAACAAAACCGCUGCGCUUGUUGAUAUUGUUGCCGAAGAAGGCAGUGAGUGGAUCCGCGUCUCGACCGUUUCCGAAAAGCGGAUUCUCUUUGACCUCGCCAAGCUGGGAUGGGUCAACGACUUUGAUUCCGACGAAGACGAGGAUACACUAGACGCACACUCAAUCGGAAUUGAUGAUGAAGAUGAUGACGAAGACCAAGUCGACGUUGUACGCAAUGCCCGUCAACUCGCUCGAGCAGCCCAGGCAAACCCCAUCCGCGGCCGCCCACCCAAAGUCCGCUUCGUCCUCACAAGAAUCGUCGCCGGUAAAUCCGUACCCAUCGAUUCCAUCAUCAACAAAAUCCGAGCUACAGGCGCCAUUGUGCAAUGCGGCGACGACAUUCCCCCAGCACCUGCAAUUGACGAUGUUCUCCCACACCUCCUCAUCGAUCGCUCCCGGGCUCUCAGCAACACUUUAAACAUCGAUUGCACCAUCCUCCUUGCCCUCAUAUCAGAUAUCUCGCACAAACCUUGUCCGAUACUAGACUGGUACCCCGGUGAGGUGCGCGCGCAAAUCGAAGAGGAAGCAGAGGAGCAUUUGCUUCCUACGCAUCUUUACCCAGCUAUCAAGGCGCAUCCUAUGGUAUGCACGCGCGAAGCAGCCGACCAGAUGAAUCUUAUCGUGCAGACUCUAGCUACGGAUACAGAGAGGCUGAGAGCGGAUCUGUUGUUAGGACAGGGAGACUGGGAAGCGCGGUCUUUGCAGGAGUUGGUUGCAGAAUGGGCAAGUCUGUCCGACCACCCCGUCCCCCCAGGCUUCGCCCUCCCCAUAACCGUUAAAUCACCCAACCUCGACUCCCUCACCGACACCCUCCCCGCUGUCGCACGCAUAAUAGCAGCAGAGCUGGGUCCUCUCAACAGAUCCAUCUUCCUUUACGGAUGGGUCCAGAAUCUCACAACGCUGAGUGCGAAUCGUGGGCGCGCCCGUCAGAUUGAAAGUAUUAUUAAUGAGCAUGGGUUGCAGGAUGGGGAAGCUGGACCGCAUAUUUGGCUCUGUGGUGAGUCUCGUAGUUUGAUUGCAAAGCAUGGGCGGAGAAAGUAAAAAGGGUGUGUGUGUGUGUGUGAGAGAGAGAGAGAGAGAGAGAGAGGAGAGUUUUGGUGCUGAGUCGCACAUAGGGGUGACGCGUACGUUUCGUAAACCACAGCCUGGGCAGGGUACUAAAGAGGAGAUACGGUUGUGGCAGAGUGGAUCGAGAGGGAUUGUGUAGAUGAAAAAAAAGGAAGGGGUGAUUGUUGGAUCAGUACCCUUGUUUCUACAGGAAGAUAAGUUGGAAGAUACAAGACGACUGAAGCACUAGUAUCAAGAGAAGAAAAACGAGCAUGGAAGACAUACCCGUCCUUACACGAAACAAUACACAA